CCCUGGAGACACAGUGAGUGACACCACCAGCAGGAAUGGGCCUCUCAGCUCUGUGCCUGUCUCCAUUCAGGCUGGAACAAGUCUCCUCAUAAACUCGGUCCUCCCCCUGGAAUCUGAAGUCUCCUCAACCUUCUGAGUCAACCUGAGAGGGACAAGCAGAACUGCUGUACAAACUCUAGUUUCAUCUUGGAACUCUGUAUUUUUAAUCCAGCAUUUCAAACUUCUGGAAUACCACAUCUACUUCCAUCAUUUUCCUGCUAACUGGUGUUCCUGGGCUGGAAGCCUUCCACACCUGGAUCUCCAUUCCCUUCUGCUUUCUCUACAUAACCACCCUCUCGGGAAACAGCCUGAUCCUCUUUGCCAUUGUCACCCAGCCCAGCCUCCAUGAACCCAUGUAUUAUUUCCUCUCCAUGCUGUCCACCACUGACCUCGGCCUGUCCAUAUCCAUCCCGGUCACCAUGUUGGGUAUAUUCUGGUUCGACGUCAGGGAGAUCAGCUUUAAUGCCUGCUUGUCACAGAUGUUCUUUAUUAAACUCUUCACUGUCAUGGAAUCCUCAGUGCUGUUGGCCAUGGCCUUUGGUCGUUUUGUGGCCAUCUCUAAUCCACUCAGGCUAGCAGGCUGCCAGGGUGACCUCACCCUCUCCAGCACCCCCUUCUUGAUGCCAGCUAUGAGCUCCUGCAACUUCACACAUACCACCUUUGUACUUAUUGGUAUCCCAGGAUUAGAAGAAGCCCAUUUUUGGAUCGGCUUCCCCCUGCUUUCAAUGUAUGCCGUGGCAGUGUUUGGAAACUGCAUCGUGGUCUUCGUCGUAAGGACAGAGCGCAGCCUACAUGCUCCCAUGUACCUCUUUCUCUGCAUGCUGGCAGCCAUUGACCUGGCCUUGUCCACAUCCACCAUGCCCAAGAUCCUUGCCCUCUUCUGGUUUGAUUCCCGGGAGAUUACUUUUGAUGCCUGCAUUACCCAGAUGUUUUUUAUUCAUGCUCUCUCAGCUAUUGAGUCCACUAUCCUGCUGGCCAUGGCCUUUGACCGUUAUAUAGCCAUCUGCCACCCACUGCGCCAUGCAGCAGUGCUCAACAAUACAGUAACAGCCCAGAUUGGCAUGGUGGCUGUGGUCCGUGGAUCCCUCUUCUUUAUCCCACUGCCUCUGCUCAUCAAGCGGCUGGCCUUCUGCCACUCCAAUGUGCUCUCACACUCCUACUGUGUGCACCAGGAUAUGAUGAAGCUGGCCUAUGCAGACACGUUGCCCAAUGUGAUCUAUGGUCUUACUGCCAUUCUGUUGGUUAUGGGCGUGGAUGUCCUCUUCAUCUCCUUGUCCUAUUUUCUGAUUAUACGAACAGUUCUACAACUACCUUCCAAGUCAGAGCGGGCCAAGGCUUUUGGAACCUGUGUGUCACACAUCGGUGUGGUGUUAGCCUUCUAUGUUCCUCUCAUUGGCCUCUCAGUGGUUCACCGUUUUGGAAACAGCCUUGAUCCCAUUGUGCAUGUUCUCAUGGGUGAUGUUUAUCUACUUCUGCCUCCUGUGAUCAAUCCCAUCAUCUACGGUGCCAAGACCAAACAGAUCAGAACUCGGGUGCUAGCUAUGUUCAAGAUCAGCUAUGACAAGGACCCUCAGGCUGUGGGGAACAGCUUGUGCAAAUCCUGUUUUUUCUCUGCUGUGUGCCUUAUUAAGAUGAAUGUAUUUGUGUUGAGACAUAACCCUGCCUUCAUGAGCAACAAAUCCAGAAUACUACUCAGGUUUUAUAGCCACUUUUCAUGUUCCACAGCCUGCUUCUUCCCAGAUUAAGGAAGAAUAUUUUUGUCUAUUUAUCUCUUAUAUAUUCUCAAUAAUAUUUCCCUUUUUUAAGUAUAUUCUGUACCUGUCAAACAUUUUGAAUGUCUGGGUUUUAACUUAGGUAUAAGAUAUAAUAAAAUUCUAUUUUAAAUUUUGCUAA